CGGUCUCGUAAAAGGCGCGCUCACGUCGUGCAAAGCGUUGAGCUUCGGUUCAGCGUGCAUCGCAUGGCGCCAAGCCGAGCUCAUGCCCCUUCUCAGCGCAUGGCAGACUGGCUCAGAUGGCUACUCCUCGCUCCAAACGGUGACACGCGAGCUCACACUGCCCUCACGACCUUGCUUCUUCUGGGCGAGCUCAUCCUCUCCAUUUUCAUCGUUCGCUAUGUCAAAUAUACCGAGAUCGAUUGGUCGACGUACAUGCAACAAGUGGCGUUGUACCAGAGCGGAGAGAAAGACUACGCCCUGCUCAAGGGCGACACCGGUCCACUCGUAUAUCCAGCAGGCUUCCUACACGUGUAUGGCAUCUUGCGUCACUUGACAGACGGGGGAAGCAACAUCCUGCACGCGCAAUACAUCUUUAUCGCGUUCUACAUGCUCAGUCAGCUCAUUGUCAUGCAAAUCUAUACUCGCUCGAAAGCUGGUCCGCCGUGGAUUCUGAUCCUCCUCACGCUUUCGAAACGGCUGCAUUCCAUCUUUGUCUUGCGGCUGUUCAAUGAUGGUCUGGCAAUGGUCCUUCUGUACGCAAGCAUAUUGGCAAUGAUAUAUGACAGAUGGCAUCUCUCUGCAAUCGCUUUCACCUGGGGCCUAUCGAUCAAGAUGAACAUCUUGCUCUUCAUGCCGGCUUGGGGCCUCCUGGCAUGGCUUUCACGGGGCCCUCUGCCGGCGAUCGGCUAUGUGGUGGUCAUGCUGCUCCAUCAGGCUGCCAUCGGGCUGCCUUUCUUACUCGCUGCGCCUAGACCCUACUUGGCGAGAGCGUUCGACAUCUCGCGCGUCUUCCUCUACGAGUGGACCGUCAACUGGCGCUUUACCUCGGAGGAGCAAUUCCUCUCGCGUUCCUUCUCGACCCUGCUCUUGGUUGUACACGCUGCGAUGCUGCUGGCCUUUGCAUUCAAAUGGACGAGACCCUACGGCGGACUACAGCGCGUCAUCUCACAAGGUCUCCAAAAGCCGACGAACGCCGCUAGUGUGCCUGCACCCCCGCCAAAUGCUAGAUACAAAGUCAAGGUGAUGAUGACCUGCAACCUCAUCGGCAUAACAUGUGCUCGAAGCCUGCAUUACCAAUUCUACAGCUGGUAUGCUCAGCAUCUGCCACUCUUGCUUUGGCACAUCGAUGCGCCGGCACCAGCUCGCAUACUGGUACUGCUCGCCAUAGAGUACGCGUGGAACGUCUUUCCGUCAACAGCUGUAUCGUCGGCGAUACUGCUCGCCAGCCAUCUCGCGCUGCUCGCCGGCUUGUACUUUCGCGAUCUAGAUGAUCGGCCGCCGCCCAGACGAGCGAGUCUGAAGACGAGCUAG